AUGGAUCCGAUCUUAGAUGGCUUGAAUCACGCCCAGUGCCAGGCGGUGACCUCGUCUGGCUCAGUGAUCCAAGUCCUCGCACCACCAGGAUCCGGCAAGACAAAGACAUUGACAGCACGCGUCGCAUACCUGCUCACCCAUCACGGAUACCAACCACAAGAUGUCAUCUGCUGUACAUUCACCAUCAAGGCCAGCCGCGAGAUGCGUGAGCGGCUGGCAAAAUCCAUUGGCGAAAAACUCGAGUCACGCUUGAUUCUCGGCACCUUCCAUUCCAUCUGUCGCCGCUACCUGGUCAAGUACGGGUAUCUGAUUGGUCUGCGGAAGGGGUUUGGCAUUGCGGACUCGGAUGACUCUCGCGCGAUUAUCAGAAGGACUAUCAAACGACUGAAAUCUGGCAUUGAGGUCAAGGCGGCCCAGGGCCGGAUCUCACGGCAUAAGGCACAUGGACUCAGUCCCGAUGCCCUGGCGGAGAGAGCUAAAGCCCUGGCGGAGAAAGCUAAAGCUGCGGAGCAAGAGCUUCUGGAUAUCUAUCGUGAAUAUGAAUCGGCACUCGCGGCGUCUAAUCUCCUAGAUUAUGAUGACCUUCUUCUGCGAUGUGCUGAUUUGCUCCGGCAGCACCCCCAAUGUGUCUCCAACGUGCAAGCAGUCUUGGUGGAUGAGUUUCAGGACACCAAUAUUAUACAAUAUGAGCUCAUGAACCUCUUUGCGGCACGGCACCGACGAAUCACUAUCGUUGGAGAUCCGGAUCAGAGUAUUUACGGCUUUCGGUCUGCGGAGAUCCAGAAUCUCAAUCGAAUGCAGCAGCGGUAUUCGAACACGACGGUUGUGCUCUUGGAAGACAAUUAUCGCUCUGCAGGUUCUAUUCUGAAAGCCGCCCAGGACGUGAUUGAACAGGAUGAGAGUCGUCCUGCAAAAGCACUUCAGGCCACCCACACUUUCGGCACCAUGCCGGUAUUGCGAAGGCUUCCCAAUCCCAGCGCAGAAGCGCAUUGGAUAGUGCUUGAGAUCAAGCGAUGUGCGGCAAUGACCGGAGGUUUGCUACGCAUGUCCGAUUUUGCCAUUCUGCUUCGGUCUGCUUCGCUGUCUACACAAAUUGAGAAGGCGUUUGGGAGAGCGGGAAUACCAUAUAGGAUGGUCGGAGGACGAAAAUUCUUCGACCGAACUGAAGUCAAGAUUCUGCUCAAUUAUAUGAGAGUUGUCAGCCACACGGGACAUUCGGACGCAUUGGUGAAUAUCGUCAACGUCCCGCCACGCAGGAUUGGCGAUGAGACAAUCAAGCAAUUGACUGGCGGUGCGGAAAAGGCCAAAGUUCCACUGUGGAACUUCAUCAAGGAUGUCAUCCAAGGGCGCCGCUCGACUGAGAAGAAACUGCAAAAGCCCGCAGAGCAGGGACUUUGCGUAUUGGUGAAUUUGAUCGAAGCAGCUCGACAGAAGUUAGAGGAGUGUGAGGAUGCGUCGGCUCCACGUGUUCUCAUUGAGUUCAUCGCCGAGCGUCUUUCAUUCCAGGAGUAUCUGAUCAGGACAUAUCCUCUUGAUGAAGACAGUCGCUGGGCGAAUGUCAAAGAGUUGAUGCACCAGGCCACUGAUGUCGCAGCAUUCGAAGAGGCGGAAGUGGACAAAGAGACGGAUCUACCUGAAAUCGAAGGUGUAGAGCAGCAGCAGGCACAUCCCGGUGAGGAGGCUCUCACUCGAUUUCUCGCAAACGUGGCUUUGGCUACAGAGAUCACCACCAAAGAGGAAGAACAAGAGGGGGAUCAGCCUACUGAGAAAGUCACAAUAUCCACCAUCCAUGCUGCCAAGGGCCUGGAAUGGCCAGUCGUGUUUGUUCCCGCAGUAUACGACGGCAGCAUUCCUCACUCGCGUGCGGAGGUGAUAGAAGAAGAGAGGCGGCUGCUGUAUGUCGCGAUGACAAGAGCACAAGCCCUGUUAUACCUCAGCGUUCCUAUUCGUCAGCCCAGGCUAGGAGAGGGUGAAGACGGUGCGACGACCUUGUCACCAUUCCUUCCUCCUAAAUUGACCAAAUCACGCUUUCGACCAACGGGACCGUCUCUUGAUGAGAAAGUAGUAUACGCGAUUGCGGAUAUACUACACCGCCCUCGGCCGUCUUUGGAAGACAUGUACAAGGGGCUCGAAUCCCUGCCAUCGACGCUGGAUGACCGAUGGACACCCGAGGGUGAGGAAGAUGGUGAGGAAGAUGGUGAGGAAGAUCGCAGCAGACCUUUGGGUAUAUUGAUCUUUCGUGAUACCUCUGGCGAACCGAUACCAAAGCGGCGGCGGUCAGACAUGAACCAGGGGCCAACAUCAACCACCUAUAUGUCCAUGACGGGCUAUACCAUGAAUAACCCGACAGGUUUUACGCUCCCUACGACAGCCUCCUCAGGCUUUACAUCUGCCCGGGAUUACAUUACAGCCAACCCUGAACCUUCCGCACGGUCAGCCUCAAAGCUUCCUGCAGAUGUAGUUGCAGAUGCAGCUGGAGCGAACAAAUUGAAAUCGCCCAGCAAACCAGGCAGCAAAGACGGGCUCGCACAGGCGAGCAUCUCCAAUUUCUUUGCAGGCCCAGGGGCUUCCCAGAAAAGGGGACCAGUUCUGCCUAAUCGACAGCAGCCACCACCAUCCCGCAAAUACGAAGCGUUAUCAUCGCAGAACCAACGUCCAGGACCAAGAAGCGCCGUCCCCCUUCCUCUCUCCUCACACCGUGUGCAACCACGACCACUUAUCCCAACUCGGCCAACACUGGAGCCCACAAACCCCGACGGCUACACGUGGAUGGCCGCCCCGUCAGACCCCACAGCCUUGAAACCCGCCAAGAUGUCGGUGACGCAGGAACAGAACAGCAACAGUCCCUCCGCAGAUAAGACAGCCGGGGCAGAUGAGUCGAAGCCCAAUAGUUCCACCAGUGGGUUCCAGUCAGCCUCGACGUUCCACACGACCACGAUGUCUAUGAUCCAACAGGCACCGCGACGGACGUUGGGAAUUCGGCGGAGCAUGAAUGGGUGGCAGGACAGAAUGAAGCGAGAGGGUGGACAGAACAGUUGA